GUGAUUGCCGGCAGUAUGCAGAGGAGACAGUUUGAGCUGCCUGAGCUGCACUCUGGUGGAAACAUCAUGGAGAGAGCUGUGGUGCAAGUCACCCUCUUUGGGCUGCUGCUGGUUUUGGCUAGCACACUACCAAACAAGGACGACUGGAACAUCUACAGCUUUCACAUCAACUCCACAGUGACCAGUCGUUAUGCAACCACGGUCAUCACAAGCCGCGUGGCCAAUCGCAUGGACGACUCAAAGGAAAUAGAGUUCCAGGUCCGGAUACCCAAGAAUGCCUUCAUCAGUAAAUUCAGAAUGUUUAUAGAUGGCCAAUGGUACGAUGGUGUUGUGAAAGGUAAAGAGAAAGCUCAGCAGCAGUACACUGAGGCUGUGUCCCGUGGCCAAAGCGCUGGGCUUGUCAGUUCUGUAGGGAGGACCCUCGAGGAAUUUAAGACCGCUGUGACUGUGGCUGCCCACAAAAAGGUCACCUUUGAACUCACAUAUGAGGAGCUGCUGAAACGCAAGCUUGGCAAGUACGAGCUGCAAAUCCACGCUCGACCCAUGCAGCCUGUCAAAGACUUCAAGGUUGAUGUGUACAUUAAUGAGAAAGCUGGCAUCAAUUUCAUCGAGAUUAAAGGAGGACUAAGCACCAACGCCCUGGCUAAUGCCAUCACCAGAACACAUGCAGACAAACAGGCAUGGGUGUAUUUCUACCCAACAGAGGACCAACAGAAAACAUGUGAUGGCUGUGGAGAGCAGGGUAUGAAUGGAGAUCUGGUUAUUGUUUAUGAUGUUAACAGGGACUCCUCACUUGGAGACAUCAAGACAUCAGCUGGAUACUUUGUUCAUCACUUUGCUCCAUCUAGUCUUUCCCGCAUACCAAAAAAUGUUGUCUUCGUUAUUGAUCAAAGUGGCUCAAUGAGGGGCAGAAAAAUGCAACAGACCCGAAUAGCAUUAAUCCACAUCUUGAAUGAUCUGGCAGAGGAUGACCACUUUGGUCUUAUCACUUUUGAUAGCAGCAUUUUUCACUGGAAAAGAGAACUUGUUCAGGCCAACAAGGAAAACCUGGAGAGUGCUAAGAUAUUUGCACGGAAUAUUCAAGAUAGAGGAGCCACAGACAUUAACGCAGCAGUGUUGGAAGGAGCACGUAUGCUGAAUGCACAUCCCAGAGAAGGUUCAGCGUCUAUCGUCAUACUUCUCACCGAUGGAGACCCAACCUCAGGGGUGACAAAUCUUGAACUAAUACAAUCAAAUGUCAGAAGGGAUAUUGCAGACAAGUUCCCACUCUACUGUCUUGGUUUUGGUCAUGAUGUCAAUUUUGAGUUCCUUGAGAAGAUGUCGCUGCAGAACAAUGGUGUGGCACGACGGAUUUACGAAGACUCUGACGCUGAUUUACAGCUGAAGGGUUUCUAUGACGAGGUGGCCACUCCUCUGUUGACAGAUGUGACAAUGAUCUAUAAUGGAGGGACCAAUCUAACCCAGACUAACUUCAGCCAGUAUUAUAAUGGCUCUGAGAUUGUGGUGGCCGGUCAGAUCACUGACAACGACAUUGAAACCUUCACUCCACAAGUUGUAGCCAUUUCGAGGGAUAGAAGAGUGACGUUUUCUGACACAAACGCCACCAUGGAGUACCUUGGCACAGAUUUUGACAGCCACAUCCAGAGGGUUUGGGCCUACCUCACAGUCAAACAGCUUCUGGAGAAAGAGCUGCUGUUUUCUGGACCUGAGAAGGAGAACGUGAAGAAAGAGGCCUUGGAGCUGUCGCUGAAGUACAGCUUUGUAACCCCACUUACAUCCAUGGUGGUCACCAAGCCUCUGGGGGAGAACACAGAUGUUCUCCAUAAACCUAAGGAAGGUGAAACAACACAAGGACACAGCCCUGUAUUAAGUUGGGCACCACUCCAUGACUUCCAUGAUAUGUAUGACUUGGACGUGGGAGCAGGGGUACUACUCAGUCCAGACCUCCAUGUUAUGUAUGACGUUGAGGUGGAAGCAGAUGAUUAUGAAGUCUUAGCCGAAACGAUUGUGCCUGCCAAAACAACUAAUGUUCCUCUUUCCCACAGGUUUCUGCUAAAAACUGAGAAUCUGUCUCUUCCACUCUGCUUUGAUGUCACUGGAGAUGUUCGCCUUAAACUACUUCACCAUCCCAACAGGGAGCUGUCUGUGAAUGGUGAGCUUGAUACAGUAACGAAUGGAGGCUUCAGAAGGAUUGUCAUCCACUUUAAGACUGACCUUUAUGUUGAGGUUGACACCAAUGUCAUCACUGUACGAGAGGGACAGACACUGACACGCCACACUGGACAGGAUCUCAUCACAGCUGGAAGUUUGACAGUGAUUAGGCGGGACAAGGAAAUAGAUGUUGCAGCUGGAGACACACGCAUGGUCAUCUAUAUUCAUGAGAAGGAUGGCGUAGAAUUCCUCUGGCCGGUUUUGAGACAGCAGCCACUGGACAACAAUGUUACAGGAAUUAUAGCUCUAAAGCCAGCAGUUUAUGAGGAGGUGCAACAAACUCCCUCAACAAAACUUAAGAUCAAAGACCAAGAGAUUGACGUUGUCAGGGCCAAUGCUGUUGACUACAGUAUAGUCUCUCCCCCGACACUGGACUGCUGGCUCAUGUCUGCGGAGUCUGUCCUGCAGAGACGCCUGGAUGAUUUCAUCGUUACUCAACUUUAACUGGGAAUUAUGUUAAAUCACUUGCAAAGAUUUCAUUUGCAAGAAAAACAAGGCAGACACUGAUUCAUCUUGGAAAACAAAAUUUCACUUGUAACUGACUAAUAAAUAGUAUCCCAGAU